AUGGCCUUGAGGCAGGAAGAACAGGGAGCAAACCUCCCAGAAGCACACCAGCAGAUGUCCCCUCGGGUCCCACUGACUGGGACUGGUUUGCACAGUGUGGCCUCUGUGGUGGGGACAGCAUUUGCCUGCACGGGAGAAGGCGGGAAGGCAGGAAGGCAGGAAGGUGGGCUGGUGGCCCAGCAGCGGCACACCCUGUCCUUAGAGGAUGAGCAUGUUCUUUAUGGUGACAUAAUACGACAAGAUUUUUUAGACACGUAUAAUAAUCUGACCUUGAAAACAAUUAUGGCAUUCAGGUGGGUAACUGAGUUUUGCCCCAAUGCCAAGUAUAUCAUGAAGACAGACACUGAUGUUUUCAUCAAUACUGGAAAUUUAGUGAAGUAUCUUUUAAAUGUAAACCAUUCAGAGAAGUUUUUCACAGGUUAUCCUUUAAUUGAUAACUAUUCCUAUAGAGGAUUUUACCAAAAAGCCCAUAUUUCAUACAAAGAGUAUCCCUUCAAGGUGUUUCCUCCCUACUGCAGUGGGUUGGGUUAUAUAAUGUCCAAAGAUUUGGUGCCAAGAAUCUAUGAAAUGAUGAGUCACGUAAAACCCAUCAAGUUUGAAGAUGUUUAUGUUGGGAUCUGUUUGAGUUUAUUAAACGUGGACAUCCAUAUUCCAGAAGACACAAACCUUUUCUUUUUAUAUAGGAUCCAUUUGGACGUCUGUCAACUCAGACGUGUGAUUGCAGCUCAUGGCUUUUCUUCCAAGGAAAUUAUCACAUUUUGGCAGGUUAUGCUAAGGAACACCACAUGCCAUUAUUAAUUUGACAAAAGCCAAGAGAAAAACAGGAUACUCUGUGGAAAGUAUUAAAAGUACUAUAAAAAGUCUGUUGGAAAACUCAUGGGAAGGUCACUGUUGAGUUACACUCAACUGUGACUCAUGAAGAACCCAAAGACGGGACUGGAGGGUCACACUUUCAUUUACCUAGACAAAAACUAAGGCCCUUUGAAGGUGAUUGUAAGAGGAAUUAAACACCUUAUAAAGGAAUGGGGGAUUUUUGUCAAUAAAACUAAUAGGACUGAACUAUUUGAACAUGUCAUUCUGUAGAGCACAACUUGUUAAAAGGAUUUCAUUGAAUUAUAAGCUCAUUAGUCCCUAACAAUGAAGCAACGUGGAGCUCUACUCAUUGAGCAGUCUAGUCUGUCAAGGUUUUUGUGUAUAUCUGACAUGGAUUACCAGUUUUUAAAAAUGCAUAGUUCUGUGUAAAAAACUGAAGUUACACUGAACAAAAUUUCAUCUGUUUUGGUCAUUCAGAAGGUACUUCAAGAUGUUACAGUAUUUCACAGUUACGAAUUACUAUUUAAUAUUACUUAGGACUUCCUGGUGUUUGAAUGUUAUGGUUGUUUCAAUACUGUAUAAAGAGAAUAGUGAAUCA